CGCGCGCCCCAUAACUCUGCUGCUGCAGCCUGAGGAGCGCGAGACACUCAGGCCCCGAAAAAAGAAAAAUUAGAGAAAAAAAUUGGAAAAAAUAAUAAACCAACAGAUCAAGAGGAGAAAGACCGGGAACGGUGGCGUGGGGCUCCCACGGGUGAAGAUAAUGAUGAGCAGUAUUGUCACCCACUCGGCCCCAGUCAUGGCAGGUGGGACUGGAUGAGAGCGUGAAGAUAGCAGACAGUUUUGGAGCCUGCAUCCCCUUAAACGUCGCCGCAAUAUCGAACCAGAGCCUGGAAGGCAAGGCAGCCACGGCCGAGUUUCAAUGGCAACGGCACCCUAGGGCUGCCAUGGCAGCAGCUGCCGCCGAUGCCUCACACCAUAUUGCCACACUGACGCUGGAGGACGAGGAACGACAAGGCGCCACCAAAGUGUUUGGAGGUCCCGCUGCAGGGAGGACGGAAAGAGAGACAGAGAACGAGAAAGAAAGGGAGAGGGAAGGGAGAGGCAGUGGGAACGAGUGUUUGGUGUGCGGUGCCCUCUUCAGCUCACAGGACAAGCUCCGGCUCCACGCGUUCUGUCACACAGGAGAGAAACCUUUCCACUGUUCCCAGCCCCAUUGCCUUAAGGCUUUCAGCUCCAAAUAUAAGCUCUUUAGGCAUAUGGCCACACACUCCCCACAGAAGACUCAUCAGUGCUCAUUCUGUGAAAAGAUGUUUCACCGCAAAGAUCACCUGAAAAACCAUCUGCAGACUCACGACCCCAACAAAGAGGCCUUUAAGUGCGAGGAGUGUGGCAAACACUAUAACACAAAGCUGGGCUACAAGCGCCACAUGGCCAUGCACUCAGCCACAGCCGGUGAUCUUACCUGUAAGGUGUGCUUGCAAAGCUAUGAGAGCACGCCUGCACUCUUGGAGCACCUCAAGAGCCACUCAGGCAAGUCUUCAGGUGGUGCCAAGGAGAAGAAACACCCCUGUGACCACUGUGAUCGUCGUUUUUACACACGAAAGGAUGUUCGACGACACAUGGUGGUUCACACUGGACGCAAAGACUUCCUGUGCCAGUACUGUGCCCAACGUUUCGGGCGGAAGGACCAUCUGACACGGCAUGUCAAGAAGAGCCACUCGCAGGAGUUGCUGAAGAUCAAGACAGAGUCUCCGGAUAUGUUGGGUUUACUUGGGUCUGGUUCUCCACCUUGUGCUGUGAAAGAAGAGAUAAGUCCUAUGAUGUGUAGCAUGGGACCUACCAAGGACUCGAUGAUGGCAAAGCCCUUCCAUAGUGCCACCACUUUCCCAAUGGGCAUGUACAACCCUCAUCAUCUCCAGGCCAUGUCCAAUCCGGGUGUGGGCCACCAUCACUCACUGGUUCCAGGGUCUUUAUCUACUGCUAUGGGGAUGGGUUGCCAUAUGGAGCCUCCAUCAUCACUGCACCAACAUCACCCACAUCAUCAUCACCACCAUCACCACCCUCACCAUCAUCACCACUCCCCACCUCCACACCAGCAGCAGACAACCCUGCAAAACCAGCAACAGCAGCACCCUCAGCCACCGCCCAAGUACCAGCUCGGAUCUACCUCAUACCUGCUGGAGAAGCCCCUGAAGGUGGAGAUGGAGAGUUUCCUGAUGGAUCUACAGAGUGGACUCCCAGUUCCUCCGCCACCCUCAACCAACCCCCACUCAGCAGCUUCGCCCAAUAAGGAGGGUAUGGAACCUCCGGCGGGACUGUCGGAUGAACUUUGCGGGGACCCCCUCAUGUCCAAGAGCCCCGCUGUCAUUGCUGAAUCUUUGUGUGCUGCUAACAUGGACUUUUCUCAUCUGCUGAGCUUUGUUCCACUCAGUCUGCAACCCUACGGUGCCCCCAUGAGUUCAGGAGGACUGGUCAUGGGUUACUCCACAUCCUCCACCGUUUCUUCCUCUUCUUCCUCAUCGUUGUCAGCAUCUUCGCAUGCUGCUGAACCACAUGCUGCCACAGCCACAGCUGCAGUGCCUCUUACCUCUUUGCAACCUCAACCUCAGGAGCAACCAGGCUCCGGUGGGGGUCUCGGUCUUGGGUCUCUGCACCCAUUCCCACCAGUGUUCAGCUCUAGCCUCAGUACGACCACUCUGCCUCGCUUUCACCAGGCCUUUCAAUGAGGUCCCCACCCCAACCUGGCCUGCCACUGGGGCUCAGGGCAGAGGAGCAUUAGUGCUCCCCCUAGGGGUGGGGAGGUAGAACACUUGAACACAUAGAAGCCUUAACAAAAGCGCACAACAGCUUUGUAAUGAGCCUGGAGGAAAGCAAGCAUAUGAAAUAUCAUGGAGCUUUUAUUUAGGCUGUCUAUUAGCUAUGAUUUUUUAAUACCCUUUUGAACCUCUCCCACCAUCCCCUCUCCUACAAUUUUGUAGUUAGACAGCAGCAUCAUAGGCCACAAGGCAUGGUACUGCAUACUUUAUAAAGUAAUAAUAUUAGUAGAAAAAGGAAAAGAUUAAUGUAGAAAAGAUAAUCUGUCUUUGAGACUCUGAAAGAUUAGUUUGAAGUGAUAUAUGAAUUUUGUUUUCUUUUCCAAAUGUGAGGCCUGACUUUGCUAUAUUAUCUCUAUUCUAUUAAGAUUCUAAGUCAGGUAAUAGCUGGUUGCCCUUAAACUAAAACCGUCUUCAUGGCCAGGAGUGGAAGAAUUAGUGAAGGAACGAAGGAGUGAAAUUGGUUAUUCCAAAUUUUGUUGUUUAUUACUUAAUAUCUGGCUCAGUCAAAUCAUUAUUAUUACAGAUUCACAUAUGGAUUUCAAAAGCAGUUUAAAAACAAAUACUCUGUACCUGAUUAGAUGAAAAUAUCUAAAAAUGUGUUCUUCCAACGUUUUUGUGUUGAUAAUACAAAUUUACACUUGUUGGAAUGGUCAGUACCUAGUUUUUAUGUGAAAGAAGCAGAGGGACUGAAAAUAGAAAGGCAAAGAGGGUAAAAAAAACUGCACAAUUUGUUCAUUUGGUACAAUGUAAUCACUGACAGAACUAAAGCAAAAUACAUUUUACGUUAUCUUACAGGUUUACAAUUUUUCUCAAAAGAAGCACUUUGUUUACAGCAGAAGGCACUUGACCUCUUUGGGUUGCCAAGGUGACCCACUGAAAUCCCCUCCCUUUCCCCACUCUACCUUCAUGCUUCCUGAAAAGACACUGCCAUUAGACACACACACAAACACACAGUUUAAACAACCCAAGUACCUUUGAAUACUCCACAGCAAUACGAGUCUCAAGAUGGUUUUCUUCCUUCCAGCACUAAUUUUAAGUCUCCGUGGCAACAAUAUCCCACCAGAUCAUGAUAUAAAUAUAUGUAUUUUAAGAAAAAAAAGUAUUUUAGGUAGGUUUUUAUUUUAGAGAGAUACAUUGUAAUGAUAACCCUGGUAUAUGUGAAUGGAAAAAAGACAAAACAAAAACAAGAUUUUUUUUUGCAGUGUACGAAGUACCACAUCAAAAAUAUAUAUUAUAAUUGCUUCUUUUUCAGUACAUUUUGUAAUUUAGAUAGUUGUAUUAAAAAAUUGCUGAUGGAUUUAAAAAAAAGUCUAGCAAGUUUACAGAAUUAUGUAUCUUGCAUCUUAUUGAACAAAAUGGAUGAAGUAUUAGCUUUUCCCUAUAGCUUUUCCUGUUCCUUGUUUUUCCAUUUGAGUCAAAGGAGAUGAAUAAGAUGGGAUUUUACCUGCAUAUACUAGACUAAUAGUGGCAUAAUCCAGUAGAAUGGACUAGUCUUUAAUCUUUAGAGCAUGAACUAGAUGCCCAUAAUGUGAUCCAGGUUUCAGUUUGCGUAUUUUGUUCUCAGUGAUCGAUCAGACCUGACUCAUGCUGUCUAUUUGUGUGUACAGUUUUUAACCUCCACGAUCAUAUACACCAUCGCACUGAAAUGUCUGAAACCGCAAUUCCAGUUGCUGUAGGUUCAGUUUAAUAUUACGAAAACAGGAAAUUUGAGGGGUUUUGUCAUACAGUCUCUUACAAGUUGCCAUUUCCCAGCAAGUGGACUGCAUAAGUUCUUACCAAAUAAUCAUUCAUUACCAAUGGCCAUGUGAGGAAGAGUUGUGUGCAAAGAAACAGAUGAUGAUCAACGUACCAGCAGUGAAAGCAGUGCCUCAUACAAAACAGAUGUAUUUUUCUCUCUCUUUCUCUUCACCUCAUCCCUUUGGCUAAAUCUAUUCUGUGUCCACAUCUGUGUUUAUAGUGAAUGUGAAUAUCUCACAAGCAGGAAAGACCAUAGAAAGGUAAAAGGCCACAUCGCAAAACUAAGACAAAACAAUAUUAUGCUGCUCUUUGUGCUGUGGUUGCCAGCAACCAUAGACCACUCUGGAAACAUUUUAAAAUGAUCUUUUAGCAGAAAACAUGCACAGUAGUACACGUGAACUGUUUGUCCGUUUUCUCUGUUCUUCAGCUGCUUUGAUUCGAAUGAACAUUUUAUGAAAAGGGUCUGAAAAGAGACACAAAGAAGUCACCAGCCUGGGCUUUGACAUUCAAAGCAUGGGACAUUUGAUUGGGAUAUUGCCUAGUCGUUUUGUCAUUAUAUUAUUUUCUGUUUGUUGAAACAGGACCUCAAAACAACACAACGCAUCACCUCAUUUAUUUUUAUUUAUUUUUGUUUUUCAUACCAAAAACCUGGGGAGAAGAAACUUAUUUUUGCACAAUUGCUAUCUGAAGAAUAAUCGAGUUAGUGUUAGUGUUUUUGCUAGAAAUAAUUGAUUCAUAAGAACGCCUAGUGAGUUUUCUCUACAUCCUGCUCUGUUAGUGGGCUGAUAUUGAUUAAUAGGCAUUCGUGGAUUUUUUGGGCAUUUUAACAAUAAUUAAAAUAAUAAUAAUAAUAAUUUAAGGUCAUUUAAAAUGAAUUUGACUAUUUAAAAAAAUUGAAUUGAACGUACUGUCAUAGUUUGGCUUGAAGCUAUCAAAAUGUAUCAUUUAUCACUUAUUUCUAAGAAAUAGGAAGAUAUAUGUUUAACAAUAAAAGAAGGCUUUUGGCAAUUUUUAAGUUUGUCCUCCCCAGGUUUUCUGUGAGCUGAUCUGAAUUCUAGCACUUUUAAACCUUUAAAAAGAGUAUUUUUCAGCCUUGUAUGUUUGUAUGUUUUUAAUUUUGUAUUUGAUCUUGUAUGUGCCAUUAGUUUGAUGCGUAGAGUUUAUUAAUCUUUAUGUAAUUGUUGUUUUUCUCCUUUCCCAAAAGAGUAACAGUAUUUUAGAUAGAUUUUCACUAAUAUUAACAGCAUUGGCCCUUUUGCCAUGCUGUCUUGUCAUACAUUUGAGGAAGUCAUUUAAUCUUAAAAUAGAUGUUAGAGUAACAUGCUCCGAAGCAUUCUCUGUGUCUGAAUUCUGAUAAAAUCAUUGCCACAAACAAACGGAAAAAAAAUAAAGUUUCCAGCUCCAUCUAUAACUGAGGUGUUUUCAACUGGUGUGAAAUUGUUCCCAGCUCUCUGCCCCCAGAAAAGCACUUUUGGUUCAAAUGAAGUUUUAUAUAAUAACUGCCUGGAUAGUUGGAACUCAGCAUCUUGCUUGCUUUUUUUUUUUAACCAGCAACAUUCUGCAACACAGACAGAUUAAGCAAGUUAAAUUGACCUUUUCCUCUCUUGUUAAGAUGCACUUGUCCUUUACGCCCCAAAUACUAACAAAAAUAUUAAGGGAAAUUAUUAGGUAACCAAGCUAGGGUAAAACAAAACAAUCUGACUUUUAAGAAAAGGAAAAAUGAUUCAAUAAAAUGCUCUUUCGGCUUAUAGUGAGAAAAUGGGUACGUCCGCAGAGGACAAAAUCCACUUGUAGUUUGAUAUACUUUAGCUUAAUGUAAGUCUUGCAUUCCAAGCUUUUUAUGUAACUUGUUUAGCAAUAUAGUCGUUCUAUUUUUAGUACUUGCUUAUUACAACGACUUCUGGAAAAAAAGGUGAAAACAAAAAAAAAAUGGAAUAUUCAUCCUUACACUAUUUUAUGUAACAUGGAGAAGAUGAUUGACGGGACGAAUUGUACAAAAGAAAUGCAUAAAGGAGACAAACUGUGCUUUUUUUGUUACACAGCUCACCUGCGGUCAGUUGCUGCAUUGUAAAGUUGACAGAUUUGUAUAUUGGUUGAUCCAAAGAGAUGACAUUACAACAAACCUAUUUACUUAUUGUACAGUACAUUGUACCAUUUGACUUAUGUAUGUUAUGUUAAAAUGAUUAAAAGAUGAACCCACGGUUUCUUA